GGAGCGGCGGGCAGCACGAGGGCCUUGGAGACUUUGGCGCAGAAUGCCACGGGUGGUGCGUGCUCGGGGCCGGGGCUAGGGGAGGCCGAUGGUCAGAGCCCGCUGGGCACAGAACCAUCCCUGGCAGCCCCUUCCCGCUGGCCGCGCUAGCGAGCGCGCUGCUCGGUGAUAAGUCUGUCCUGCGAUGGCCACCGUAGGACGUCCUGGUGGGAAGAGGGUGGUGACGCUCCGGCUGUCCCACAAUCCACCGCGCAGCCUGUUUCCCCACUCCGGCCGUGGUGCCCGCCGGCCCCAGCAGGUGGCGCUGUCCCGGGAGCGGAUGGCUGGUGCCCGUGACUCCCAGCAUCCCCCGCUCCUCCGCCUCCCCGGCAGGGGCGGGGCUGAGGGAGAGAGUGCCACGUCCCUAGUGCGGCGCUUUGUGAGGGGAGCAGCGCCGCCUCCUCCGCCGGCCCGAGCCAUGGGUGCCUCGCAGAGCGUGGAGAUCCCCGGCGGAGGCACCGAGGGCUACCACGUCCUGCGGGUACAAGAAAAUUCACCAGGACAUAGGGCUGGACUGGAGCCAUUCUUUGAUUUUAUUGUUUCUAUUAAUGAUUCAAGAUUGAAUAAAGACAAUGACACACUCAAGGAUCUCUUGAAAGCAAAUGUUGAAAAGCCUGUAAAAAUGCAAGUGUACAGUAGCAAAACGCUGGAACUGAGAGAAACAUCAGUAACUCCCAGUAAUAUGUGGGGUGGACAGGGCCUGCUGGGAGUGAGUAUUCGUUUCUGCAGUUUUGAUGGAGCCAAUGAAAAUGUAUGGCAUGUAUUGGAAGUCGAAUCAAAUUCUCCUGCUGCACUAGCAGGUCUUAGACCACAUAGUGACUAUGUCAUCGGAGCAGAUACUGUCAUGAAUGAGUCUGAAGAUCUGUUCUCUCUUAUUGAAACACACGAAGGAAAACCAUUAAAACUUUAUGUGUACAACACAGACACGGAUAAUUGUCGAGAGGUGAUUAUUACCCCCAAUUCUGCAUGGGGUGGAGAAGGCAGCCUAGGAUGUGGCAUUGGCUAUGGGUAUUUACAUCGGAUACCUACACGUCCAUUUGAAGAGGGAAAGAAAAUUUCUCUCCCUGGGCAAUUGCAUAGUGCACCCAUCAGUCCACUCAAAGAUGGAUUUACAGAGGUUCAGCUGUCUUCAGUUAAUCCCCCAUCCACAUUACCGUCUGGAACAACAGGAAUUGAACAGGGUCUGUCAGGACUGUCCAUUAGUUCAACCCCUACUACGGUCAGUAGUGUUCUCAAUACAGGUGUCCCAACUGUACCAUUAUUGCCACCACAAGUAAAUCAGUCCCUCGGUUCAGUGCCACCAGUUAACCCAGCAACUACAUUACCAGGUCUGAUGUCAUUACCGACUGGACUUCCUAACCUGACCAGUCUUUCCAGUCUGAAUUUACCUGCACCACCCAUCAUUCCUGGUGCUGGAUUGUCAGAAAUCCUACAUCCUGGUUUGCCACCGCUUCCUUCCUUGCCACCUCUAAAUCUAUCUGGAAUAACUCCUCUCCCAAUGCCACCUGAGUUUCUUGCACAAUUUCCUUUGGUCACAGAGGUAUCUACUCCACCUACAGAUCAGCUUCCCCAUAGCACUACUGUAAGUGUAGAACAAACCUCUGCACUCACCUUGGAUACUGCUGUCCCCACCUCUAAGGCAACUCCUCUUGAUGACCGAUCAAAUGAAUCUACUACAGUAAAUGAAAAACCAUCCACGGUCACAGCUGUACAUACUUCAGAAUCAUCAUAACUUCAAAUCAUUCUGUUGGAGUGUCUUGGUAAAUUUAGCCAUGGGAUGCAUAUUUGAAGGCGCAAACUACCAUUAAUUUCAUAUUUGUUUGUACUUUAUCUGUAGGAGUCCUGUAAAUAAUACUGAGGAUAAAAAAUAAAUAAAAGGAAAUGGGAUUUAAACUGUGUACUGAAUGGGAGGGAAAGAAAAAGGCUUGUAUUUAAACAACCCAAAAGAAGCAUCAUGGUAGUAAAACAGACUUCCACUGCCAAACUUGCAGGUUUAACAGGCUGACAGUCUGCUAGCCUCCCCAACUUUUGCUUCUGUUAGAAAUGAACCAGGUUUUGAGACAAUUACAUACCAGAUUUCUUGUUCUUUACAAGUAUGGAAAUCUUGUGUCUAUGGCGGGGUGGGGGUGUAGGGGGGAGUGUUUACUUUUGUUUUAGUUGUAAAUUUUAGUAUUACAAAACUUCCAACUAAAAAUGUUUUAUUAAAGUUACUGAAUGAUCUGUCAAUUGAGCAUCUUUUUAUUCAGCUUGUGUACAGAUCUUUAUCUUACUCUUUUAAGAAAAAAUAGUCGGCAACAUUUUGUAACUGCUGCUGAAUUGCUUUACACCCCCACUGUAUAAUGGUCUUUAGAAGAAAAUGAAUGUUAAAUGUUGCACAGUUUUAAACCAGAAGGUGGCACUUUGACUAUUGUAAGAUAAGUUACAUAGAGGAAAACAUACAUACAGCAAUAAAGUCCUGGAAUUUUAUUCUGAGA